CCAGAGAGAGAGAGAGAGAGAGAGAGAGAUCUGAUUGCUUCCCCGGCGCGCUCUUAUCUCCUCUCGCCCCCCACCUCGCUUUCCAAUCCGCUGCUGUCACCAUAUCUUCUCCUCCCGAUUCUCUUGGGGGCAGGAGGGCGGCCGGGGCGGGGGGCUAGCUAGCGCGUCCGCCUAUCCGUUCGGCUCGCUGUUCCUCGGUGCCGGCGCCUCGGGAGAUUCGGCGGCAUGUGUCGCGGUUGCUAGCAGCAACCGAUCGGGGCUGAGCUCACCGCGGUGGUCCCGGGAUUCGGCAUGGAUUCCUGAUCGAUCGUGCAGGAGCUUGUUGCUUCAUUGCCUGCCUGGGAAGCAGCCGCGCGCAUCCGGCGAAGCUAGCGUGCGGGGGAUGGCGUCCAGGGACUUCCUGGGCGCCUUCGGCGGGGGAGCUGGCCGCGCCGGGAGCGAGGGGGCGCGGCCCCACCCGGAGGAUGCGGCAUGCGGCGCGGGCGCGGGCGAGUCGGACGACAUCGAGCUCAGCCUCGGCCUCUCCCUCGGAGGUCGCUUCGGCACCGAGGCCAAGCGCCCGCGCCUCGCGCGCUCCUCCUCCAUCGCCUCCGUCUGCUCCGUCUCCUCCCUCGACGGGGACGCCGACCCAUCCCCGGCCGCGCCGCUGCCGCUGCUGCGCACCAGCUCGCUGCCCACCGAGACCGAGGAGGAGCGCUGGCGCCGCCGCGAGAUGCAGAGCCGACGCCGCCUCGAGGCGCGACGGAAGCGCGUCGAGCGCCGGAACUCCAUGGGCUCCUCUUUCCUGCCCUCGGCGCCGCCCAAGCCCGCCGGCGAGGCGCCGCCCGCCGCCAACGGCGUGCAGCUCAGGAGGUCCGUCGGCUCGCAGGGGAGCACCUCUGUCAGCACCACGGAGCAAGGUAUUGGUGGUAGCGCAGUUUGCCAGUCCACAGAUGCAAAGAGUCCAUCAACCUCGGAUAAUACAAAUCAAAAUAACAUGCUUCCUCCUCCAACCAAAGCGGCUGAGAAGCCACAAAAUGGCACUUCCACAGAGCAACCUCGGCUGCGGACGCUUGGGUCCCUGACAACGAGAACGAGCAGCUGCAGUGAUAUCAGGAAGAUCAUGAUGGAGGACAUGCCAAUGGUCUCAUCCAAGGUGGAAGGUCCUAAUGCCAGGAGGAUCGAUGGCUUCCUGUACAGGUACAAGAAAGGCGAGGAUGUGAGGAUAGUCUGCGUCUGCCAUGGUAGCUUCCUCACUCCUGCAGAGUUUGUGAAGCACGCUGGCGGCGGUGAUGUAUGCAACCCGCUAAGGCAUAUCGUGGUCAACCCAUCGCCGUUCUCAUGAAAAGAGGGUUACCCUGCUGUUGGUACCUAUUGUUCUGCAACAUGUAGGCUUCCUGUUUGAGUUAAACGGCAAGUCUCUGUAUUUGACAUAAAUUGAGAGAAUGACAGCAAAUUCAAGAGAUACAUCAUCUGCAAAAGUUAGGCUUGUUUACAAAUUGAAGAUGAUUUAGCUGUUGCUACAGGACAUAAGUCUGGUGCUUGGGAGGACUUUCCUUGCAUA